CCAGGCAGGGAAAAGAAAACGCCAGGUUUCGACUGCCACUUCUUCGCUACUCCUGGUACUGGUACUGGGACUGGUACUACUGCCUCCUGGCAAUUGGCAUUUGGCGAUCCAAUCCCAUCCAAUCGACGACAUGAACAACAAUAGCAAGCGGAAAACCCGACCCACUGGCGGUGGCGGAGGUGCCAGCGGCGGCAUCGCAAGAUACAACUCAAACGACAACAGCCUGAGGCCCGCUAACAACAAGGCAGGUGCAGGAGGCGGGAACGGAGGCGGUGCAGUGCGUCCGGUGGCGCAGGGCGUUUACAACAACACGUUUUUCAUGCACUCGGCUACGGCGCUGGUUGGCAGCGUGGUAGAGGUGCGCCUGCGGUCGGGCAACAUAUACGAGGGCGUAUUCCGCACAUUCUCGGGCAACUUUGACAUCGCACUGGAGCUACCGGCGUGCAUUAAGUCCAAGAAUCUGCCGGAGGAGGGCAAGGUGCCAAAACACAUAAUAUUCCCGGCCGACACCGUGGUGACCAUCGUGGCCAAGGACUUUGACUCGCAAUACGCCACCGCCGGCGCUUUUCAGACGGAUGGCGCUAUAUCUGACAAGUGCAACGGUGCGCGUCUGGACGAGAAGGAACUGGAACCGUGGGAUUCUGGCGCCAAUGGCGACAUUGACAUAGAACUGGAUAAUGCCGCAAACGGCUGGGAUCCCAACGAGAUGUUCCGCAAAAACGAAAACACGUUUGGCGUGACCUCCACAUUUGAUGACUCUCUGGCCUCGUACACGGUACCGCUAGACAAGGGCGACUCCCUGGAGUUCAAAGAGGCCGAGGCCAAGGCUGAAAAGCUGGCCGCCGAGAUUGAGAACAAUCCGACGUGCCGCGAGCGUCUGGAUUUGGAGAACGGCGACGAGGAAGCGCUCUUCGCGGCCGUGGAGCGUCCGUCGACGGAGCAGGAGCAACGUGGCGAUCGGGGUGACCGCGAGCGCAAUGACCGGGAAAGGGAGCGCGAGGAACGGGACAGGGACCGUGACCGCGAUCGUGGCAACAAGCCUCGUGGCUCCGCCGACUUCCAGCUGCGGGAAACCAUGAGCAGCGACCGUUACAUUACUAAGCAAACGCGCAGCAUCACCGGACCGCAGCUAUCGCAUGUUGGCAUGUCCUCACAGGGCAGUGGCCGUGAUCGCGACACUCGCGGUGAUGGCAACCUGAUUAUGCAGGGCGGCGGCAUGAGCGGCGGGGCGGUCCAAGGAGGCUCCACGCAGUCCACGGCAGCUCUUAUGCUGGCCGGCGGUCUGAAGGGCGCGGGUCCGGCCCCGUCAGCCAACGCGGCUGCGGACACGUCCAGCAAGUAUGGUGGCGGUUCGAUGGUGAAGCGCAAGACUGUGCCCCAGGGCGGCAAGGUGAUGCGCAACAAUGUGCCUACCGGCGGCAACAACGUCCCCGUGUCGCAGGGCGGCAACGGCAACUCCGUGGGACAGAGUAAGGGUGGUUACCAGCCAUCUAUGGGCAUGCCGGGCCAGUACACGUACCAGGGUAACUCGCAGAUCAUGCAUGGCACUCAGUACCGUAAUCAAUCUCACAUGAGCGGCGCCAAGCUAAAUGGCGAUUCAAACGCCAAUGCCAAUAAGCCGCUGCCCCAGCGCCAGAUGCGCCAGUACCAAGGCUCUCAGAGCAAUUCAUCGCUCAACUAUGGCGGUGAACCCCAAUCUCUGGGCAAGCCAAUGCACGGUUCCCAUGGUGGUCAUCCCGGGCAGAACAGCAACUCGCCGCCGCUGCAAACUGCCGUGCCUCAGCAGCAGCAGCAGCAGCAACAGCCGCAGCAACAACAGCAGCAGCAUCAGAAUUUACAGCCACAGGGGCAGAACACACAACCGACGCGCCAGGUGCGAACGCGCGAAAACCAAAUGCAGGAGCUGCGAACAUUUGGCCAGGACUUCCAACUGGCGCCGGGCAACAAUUCACCGCCCCAGCAGCAGCAACAACAACAGCCACAGCAACAGCAGCAAGUACAGCAACAGCAGCAGGUACAGCAGCAGCAACAGCCACAGCGUGCGUUGCAGCAAUCUGCAUCGCCGCCGCAGCAGCAGCAGACGCAACAGCAACACGUUGUUUUGCACCAAGUGCCGCCGACGCACUUGCAACAGGCGCACCUCUCACAGCCACACUAUGUGCCUCAGCAGCAGCCUCAACAGGCGCCGCCUCCCCAGCAGCAACACGUGCCGCACCACUUGCAACAAAAGGCCCAGCAGCAGCAGCAGUUGGUGGAGACUCAGCAUCAGCAUGUGCCUAAGCAGCACCAGCAUCAGCCCCAAGUGCAGCAGCCGCCGCCACAGAUGGUCCAGGAUCCAUCACAACAGCCGCUGCCCAUAUACCAUACUAUGCCGCCACCGCAGACUUCGCCGGUGGUGAUUACCUCGCCGGUUCUGAUGGAGCAGCCGCCGCCGCCACAGCCCAUGCCGGUGGUGCAGCAGCAACAGCCAUUGCAGCUGGUUACGCCCAAGCCGGAAGUCUCCCCGGCACCGAGCAGCAGCACGACCACGCCCACUGGCAUAGCCAGUACGCCCACCACAGGGGUGAUUGCUAGCGAUAAAUCCACGCCAGCAGCUUCCAGUGCGACAAGCAGCUCCACAACGGUGGCUGCUGGCACGGUCGCCGCUGCUGGAGGUGCCAGCGGAACCACGCCGGUGGUAAAGAAGCCACAUGUGCUCAAUCCUUCUGCCAAGCCGUUCACUCCCCGCGGGCCCAGCACACCGAAUCCAUCGCGCCCCCACACCCCGCAGACGCCUGUGCCCAUUUACACGACCACGGGAGGACAUGUGCAGGCACCGGCGGCCAACCAGCAGAUCUACGUGGUGCAGCCGCAGCACCCAUUCCCGGGUCCCACACACCCACAGGCCGGACAGCCUCCACGCCUACGCCGUGGUAACUACGCUCCGAUGGCCGCUUCGCAGAUGCACGUUUCGGCCACCACGGCCACGGGAGCGCCGCUGAUGGCGACCGGCCCAAUACAGCAGUUCAUCCAGUACAGCCCUUCACCGCACCAGCAACAAUUCCAAUCGCAUACGUACGCGCCGAUGCAAAUGCGCGUGUACCAGGACCAGCCGCAGCAGCUGCAGUUCAUGACGCAGACGCCACAGUCGACCACGCCGUCGCCGGGCCAGCCGCACCAGCAGUUCCAUCCGCCGCCACAGCCCUCCCCCGCCGGCGGGGGACCCCAGCCGGCGUACACGCCGCCGGCACAGGCGCCCACCUACCAGCUGAUGUGCUUCAACCCCCAGUCGCUAAUAGCCAAUCAUUAUUUCCCGCCGCCGACGCCGCAGCAUCCGCAGCAAAAUCAACAACAGUAUCAGAUCGUGAUGCAGCAGCAUCAGCCGCAGUGAGAAACCGCCAGCUGGGCAAUGGCGCACGGGAAGAUGGCGAGCUGGAAGGCGAGGGGAGACGGACAGGAAGACGGAGGCUCCUCCGGCUUGUUAAUGUCGCCGUAGCGAGUGGGAGCUAUACGGGCAGCCGUCAUCAAGCAACAGUUACACACACAGACACAACACACAACAUGAAGCACUCACCAUACCUGCAUCCACGUCCGCACCUGCAUCCGCAUCAACCUUAAGUAAACGCGCGGCUUUCUUUGUCGCUCCAAGCGAUUUUCGCCCCACAAUUCACACAUGCCACACAUCCACCCACAUCUUUAUGCCAUGUGCACGAGCGGCUCAUCCUGUAGCACAUCUCUCACAGACCGAAAACACCAACAACAAAAACUAGGAAAUUAUAAAAUACAAUUAAAACAAAAGGAAACUAGUAAAUUUUUUGAAAUUGCAAGACUUCUACAGCGCACGGAAGCCAAACACAACAACAGAAUGAUAAAAACAAUCACUGAAAACACCAAACGUAUGAAAAAGCAAAUGCAAAAAAAAAAAACAAAAAAAUUUA